AUGUGGGCAAGAAUCUGUUGUUUCAAAAGAGCGCAUUUUAGUGUCGGAUGGAAGUCGCACCGAUCCUCUACCCAGCAAUUUCUCUCCUGCCUGGUGUUGAAAAUGGAUGACUGUGGGUCUGUUCAACUCUAUCUAUCUGGGUUUAUUCAACUCUAUCUAUCUAUCUAUCUAUGUCUGUUAAAAUCUCUCUCUCUCUCUCUCUCUCUGUAUUUGUCUGAGUCUGUUCAAAUCUAUCUAUCUAUUUGGGCCUAUUCAAAUCUAUCUGGCUUAUUCAAAUCUAUCUAUCAGUUUGUUAAAAUCUAUCUAUCUAUCUAUCUAUCUAUCUAUCUAUCUAUCUAUCUAAGUCUUUUCAAAUAUCUAUCUAUCUAUCUAUCUAUAUAUUUAUCUGUUUUGUUCAUAUCUAUUUAUCUGGGUCUCUUCAAAUCUAUCUAUCUCAGUUUGUUCAUAUCUAUCUAUCUGGGUCUCUUCAAAUCUAUCGAUCUCAGUUUGUUCAUAUCUAUCUAUCUGGGUCUCUUCAAAUCUAUUGAUCUCAGUUUGUUCAUAUCUAUCUAUCUGGGUCUCUUCAAAUCUAUCGAUCUCAGUUUGUUCAUAUCUAUCUAUCUGGGUCUCUUCAAAUCUAUCGAUCUCAAUUUUCCCCUGUUCUCUUCUAGCACCUCCCCCCAGCCCGUCAUAGCCCGUGCGUUUCUCCCUUCUUCACUCUAUCUCUCUUUUAAUUUUUUUUUUUCUUUGCUUCGGGUUUUCUGUCGUAUUUCUUUUUUUUCUUUCUACAAUGUUUCCUUUCUUUCAAAAAAUAUUAAGCUACUUUUCUCGUUUUUUUUCUUCUUUCUUUAUCAAUCUCUCUAUUUUUCCUUCUCUCUCUCUCUCUCUAUUUUUCCUUCUCUCUCUCUCUCUCUCUAUUUUUCCUUCUCUCUCUCUCUCUCUAUUUUUCCUUCUCUCUCUCUCUCUAUUUUUCCUUCUCUCUCUCUCUCUCACAUUGAAUCCCUUGAAUCUUCUUCCCUCUUUUUCUCUUUCUGUCUCAAGCUGUCUCAUUCCAUCCUUUUAUCUCCUCUGCAUAACAUGUAUUCUUUCUUUCUUUCUUUCUUUCUUUCUUUCUUUCUUCAUUUAUUUAUUUAUUAA